UCAUCGUACAAUUUAUUUUUACCUUACGAAAUUGUACGCUUGCGCUUAAAAAAAAAUAUCUCGAAAAUCUGUUCGCCUCAUCUUUAAAGAAAUGGAUUUGGUCACUGACGAGAAAGAACACUGUUCUAUAAAACUUCCUGCAGAAGCAAUCGAAGCAAAACUUCUUCAAAUCAAUGAUGAUAUGGACAAAGUUUUGUUUAUGGAUCCUAAGGUCCGUGCAAUGUUUAUGCAUUCCUUAAGCGUGGAAGAGAAACGUAUGGAAAGAAUUAAGGUUAUGAAAAACGAAGUAGAGGGUAUGAAGAAGAGACUGGCACAUUUACCCAUAAAUGUUGACUCUCUUAUGCUGAUGAAACAGAUCGAAGUCUAUGUUAUGAAACUAACAAAAUAUGAGCAGAAAUGCCGUCACCUUAUGGAAGCAACUGCGACUUUUCGUAACAAUAUGUCAACUAAAGUUGCAGACUCAAAUGAUCCAUAAUCCGGUAACGAAACAAAUUAUGGACAUAACUUAUGAAGCUUACUGUAGUCUUAAACGUGAAUUAGCUGAAUUUACCUAUUCUGUUGGCUGAGUGAAUAAGUACUAUUCGCUUCACAAUAAAAUUACAAAUUGUUA